AUGUACGUUAUUUUACUUCCAAAUUACCAGGCCCCAUCAGUCUACUAUGCUGGUAUUCCCGGCAUGCAUGGCAAACCUGGUUCCCCUGGGUUACCAGGCCGCGACGGACGAGAUGGCCGUGAGGGAGCUAAAGGUGACCAAGGUAUCCCAGGGAAGACUGGACCCCAGGGGCCUCCAGGACCUAGCGGAAACCCUGGUGUUAAUGGAAAGGAGGGCGCUAAAGGGGAACGCGGAGCCCAAGGACCCCCAGGACAAAAGGGGGAACGCGGGGAGAGUGGAUUAAGUGGAACCCCUGGGAAUCCAGGUCUGAUGGCUUUUAAAAACUGGAAGGAAUGCGUUUGGAGCAACAUUAAUGAUGGCAAAGAUCACGGGCUGAUCAAGGUUUUUUAAUUUGUCUGUUUUCUCCUUCCAUGUGAAGAAAAUUUGCCUUCAUGUUUUAACGACUAUGUCUUUUUAGUAAAAUCCAGCUAGUGGUCUAUUAUCAAUGCUGCGUUCUGAUUGGUUGAGCUACCACAUUUAUGUUAAAACUAGUAGAUUUUUGAGAAAAACAUCUUUAAAAUGUUUUGUCUCGAUAUUUUUGCUAAUUAUUGAGCUAAACCAAUUUUUCCUUUCUGAAGUGAUUCUAAGGGUAGAGUUUCUUUCAGUUUGUGGUAUUUCUUUUUUUGCACAGGACUGUGUGUUCAAGAAAAACUUCUCUGACACAGCUCUUCAUGUAUACUGGACUGGUGCUCUUUGUGUGCGUGGGUGCUCAAAUUGCUGCAAACGCUGGUACUUUACUUUUAACGGUGCAGAAUGUUCAGCUCCCCUAACCAUUGAAGGCAUCGUGUACGUGGCCAGUAAAUCUGAAAAUCCUCAUCGUGUCCGCCAUAUUGAGGGCUACUGUAACAACGUCCACAAGGGAAAGGUGCGCGUGGGAUUCUGGGUCGGUAAAUGCCAUGGGUGGAGUAAUGGAAACUAUGAUGCCUACACUGGAUAUGCUUCUGUGUUGCGAAUCUUCAUUGAGGAAGUUCCAAAAGCACAAGCUUAG